UGGCAGGGGGCUGUAGCACCCCUUGUCCUCUGUGGAUCAGCACCGAGGGGCACCCCCGUAACACACACUCAUCAGUGGGUUACCCUCCCUCCUGCUGGCGGCUGCCAGCCUAGGGCCAGAUGCUGCCGGGGCAGUUACACACACAGCCUUGGCUCAAGCCUCACCCCGGGUCCCUCUCCUCCAGUCCAAGCAGGGACCAGGCCCUCUGCUGAGCAGGCCCUGGCCUUUGCUGGAGUGGGGAUGGGACAGCCCAGACACAGCUGCCUUGCACACAAAGCCCUCUCUCCCCCAGGACUAACCCAGUGCAUGGAUCUGUGCACAGCAGCUGCACUCAGAUUCUCCGCCAAUGUGAGCCAUGAGCCCAGGCUCGGGGUGGGGCUUGUGCAGAAUGAAAGCAGAGGCACUGGGCACGGGAAAGCAAAAGGGCGAACUAGGGGAGUAGCACGGGAGCUCCGGCGUUCGGCGGCUUCCUUCCCUGGGGGAGCCGGCUCAGCCAGACGAAAGCACUGUGAAAUGCUGCCUUUACAAAGAAACGCUGCUUCAGCCUGCGUCGCUAAGCCUGCUCCUGCUGGCAUGCUGUAGCUACCACAAUCACGUGCGCCACUCGGACAACCAGCCCAAAAGGCUCCUAACUGCUGACCAGUCGGAUUUUGAAGCUGGCUCUUGGUGGCCACCGCUAGCUGAGCUGAGGGGCAGCCCAGUGAUAGAAGUUGCAUGAGGGGUGAAGUCAGACCCCUCAACUGCAGAUGGGUCCUGAAGACUGGCAUGACCUGGCAACAGCUGAUCUACAUGUCGCCGCCAGGAGCCUGGCCGAAACUGGCAACGACCCCAGGUGCCAGCCCCUGACCGCGGAGCCCGGCUGCCAUGAGAUGCUUCCCAAAGCGCUUGCUCACUACUGCCCUGACGCUCCUGGGUCUGCUCCUGCUCCUCAGCCUCUGCCUGCAGCGCCCGGAGGACCCACUGGUGGAGGAGGUGAAGCGCUGGGCCCAGGAAAUGGUGCUGCAGCAACUCCAACCCGAGGGGAACCUGCGCAGCUUCCAGGAGCUGUGGAACGCCUCUGCCUCCAGGAACAUCUCCUAUCGCUACCUCGCCGGCCACCCCCCCUCUAGGAAGAAGUUCCUCACUGUGGGGCUGUCGUCUGUCAAGCGGAAGCGAGGCAACUACCUCCUGGACACGCUGAAGUCCAUCUUCAAGCAGUCAACCCAGGAGGAGCUGGAGGAGAUGGUGGUGGUGGUGCACCUGGCUGACCUGGACUCGGAGUGGAACACCCAGGUGGUGACGGACAUUACCGCAAGAUUCACUCCCCACCUCCUCCGGGGCCAACUGCUGGUUAUCCAUGCCCCUCCGGAGUCCUACCCGCCCCUGGAAGGCCUGAAGAGGAACUACAAUGAUGCUGAGGAUCGAGUGCAGUUCAGAUCCAAGCAGAACGUGGACUAUGCGUAUCUCCUCAGCUUUGCUGCCAACCUUUCCUCCUACUACCUCAUGAUUGAGGAUGACGUGCAGUGCUCCAAGUCCUUCUUCACUACCAUCAGGAAGGCAGUGGCAUCCCAGGAAGGCUCCUACUGGGUCACGCUGGAGUUCUCCAAGCUGGGCUACAUUGGCAAACUCUACCACUCCAGCGACCUGCCCCAGCUGGCCCAGUUCCUGCUGCUGUUCUACCAGGAAAUGCCGUGUGACUGGCUGCUGGGGCACUUCCGCCUGCUGCUCACCCAGAAGGAGGUGAUUCGCUUCAAGCCAUCCCUCUUCCAGCACAUCGGCCUGUACUCCUCCUUCCAGGGGGCGGUCAACCGGCUGAAAGACGACGACUUUGAGGCAGAUUCCUUGGACCUGCCUGACAACCCCCCAGCUGUGAUGUUCACAGACAUAGAGACCUUUGAGAACUACCUGCCCAGCAAGGCCUACAGCACGAUGCCGGAGUACUUCUGGGGGAAAUCCCCGUCUGCCGGCAGCCACUUCACCAUCGUGUUCCACCAGCCUGCCCGUAUCUCACGGCUCCAGGUCCACACCGGCUCUGAGGAGCGCCACACCGACUAUCUCCACUCAGGGACUGUGGAGCUGGGCAGCCAGCGGCAGGGGAAAGGCAAGGGCUGCUCUACAUACACCCACGUCGGAGCCUUUGAGAAGGGACACUUUGAACGGAGCGGCUUGGAGAACAGCACGGCUGCCGCCCCGGAGUGCGUGCGGAUCCUAGUGACAGAGAGUCAGAGCGAAUGGCUGAUCAUCCGCAGCAUCAGCAUCUGGACCAAAGCAAACAGCUAAGGGGGGUGCAGGGGACAGAGGCACGGCUGGUGACCCACACGCCAGGGAGCUGGCCUCCCUUCUCAGGGCCAAGCAAGCGGUUUGGGGGUGCCUGAGGGGCAAUGGAGUGUAGUGGCACUGCCCCUCUCAGGCAAUGGCACCCUGCAGGGGAGGCGCAGUGAGGGCCUAGUGGGGAAGGAAGAUGGGGCACUGAGGGUAAGGGCAGUGGCACAGCAGGAUCCUGGUAGCAUGGCAGGAUCGUGCAUUAGGACAAGAAAUGGGAGCUAAUGCAGCACAUUGAUACUCUGGCCUUUCAGGGUGCCCGAUGUCCUUGGGCACUAAUUGCCGGUGUAUAGGAGAGCCUGGCCCCUGCCUGGCCCCACAGAGCUGACUGACUUCUCUGAACUGCUUCCUGUGGGGGCCGUGCAGUCAGAACCAGGCCCGGGUAAGCAUCCCGCUGGGUCAGGCCCCAGGAGCGAGACCUGAAAUGGUGCUUGCAGCAGACUGCUGGGGCUCUGGAGAGGUCAGGAGAGCCAGCAGUGCCCGGCUCGGGGCAGGUUCGGGGCAUUGUCUACUGGGGAACUAGCCCAGACAUGGGCAAAACCAAUGCCCCAGCGUGUGAGGCUGCUCCCAGGGCAGAGGCAGCCACGUGGGAAACCUUGGCUCAGGAUCCUACUGCUCACGGCCGACCUGCUCUACCCCGACAGUUUAGAACUGGGAUUCCAACCUCUCCUGCCUGACGGCUAAAACGCUGUACCCCGAAUGCCAGGGGGCUACACUCACGGUGGGAGGGGCAGGUUAUUAAUCACAUUCAUUACAGCAGUGCCUAGGAACCAGCCAAAAUCAGGGCCUGAUAGUGGGAGGUGCUGUGCAAACACGGAGUGGCAGACAAUCCCUGCCCUCAAGCGCUUACAGUCUAACUAGCCAAGCCAGCCUCCUUGCCAGCCCCCUUCUCGCUCCUGACUUCUUCUGAAACCACAUUGAAACCCUAGAAGCAAGUCUCUGUGUGGCCCCUGGCACCACGGGGCGAAACCCAGGGGCAAGAACUCCGUUCUGUGGCAGUGUUCAUCUAGUGUAUCCACUGUUAGGUUCCAGCCUUUGACAAUCGCGAGAUUGGCUUAAAAGUCAUGAGAUUUUUACAAACAUCAUAAAUAUUUGGUUCCUUUCACUUG